AUGGGUACAUACUGACAGUCGCUGGUGUAAACAAGUAUUGAUCAUCUUUUCUGUUUCGAAACUCAUCGAUCCAUUUUUAUGAAACCCAAUUGUAAAUAAAUUUAGUCCUCCACCAAAUAGAACGAUGCUAUCGAGUAGAUGUUAAGUGUAAUUUAUUUAUUAGUAUGUAUAGAAUCGAUUGUGAUUAGAGAAUGUUAUAAAAGUUAAAUCCUAUGUGUGGCGAAGGUCGAAAGAAAAUUUAUAUUGAAUGCAUAAUGGAUGGUGACCUUCAUCCGUUGCGUAGUGGCGAAUGUCUCGAACAGAACAACAAUAACGUCUCAGGCGGCGACAAUGAGGGAGCAGUGGGCGGAUUGGUGCGAAACGAACAUCAACCGGAGCCUGGAGCACAGCUCGAAGAUAUCGUGUGGAGUGAGGAAGAGUUCGACCGAGAUCCACACAGGGCUUGCUUCUACGAUGCAUAUCGAUCGGGAGCGGCAUCCCCGGAAUUGAACGAUUCGACGGAGAACACGGGCGGGGCGACACCGGAGCGAAAACCAUUGGCUCUGAUGGACGACUGGGAUCUGUGGGACUACAUGGACGAGGAGACGUUGAAACAGCGACUGAAGUAUCACCCCGAGCUGUUGGAACAGAUCACGCUGAAGCGAAAGCGGAAAGCCAGACUGGAGGAGAGCGAUGACGACGAUCUGUGUGCGGUGAUGGAAAGGCAUGCAAAAGUGACGAAGUUCAGCGAACAUACGACGGUGUACAGAAGUGUCGAAUAUUUUUAGUGUUUAUUGUUUACGUUUCUCCGUUCUGUAUUGUAAAAUCCUACCUAGCAUGAUGUGUAAUAUUAAUAGACUUUUUUCAAUUUUAGGUUUGUACUGUAAGCUGUAAUCUAUAUAAAUAAAAGUAAGUUCGGGUGAUCAUGAA